UCUCUCUCUCUCCCACACACACCCACCGCCAAAUCCACAGAAUGAGCUCCAAACCCUGAUGAGACAUUUGAAAUCUCUAUCAAGAUUCGAUCGCUGGAAGAAAUGGCAGCCCCCAAUCUGGUAAAGGCCCUUGUCUUGUGUUUUUUGCUUCAAAGAUCUCUCCUUUUCGUGGAUUCAGCGAUUGGUAUCAACUGGGGGACGCGAUCUUCCCACAAGCUGCCGCCUCCCGUUGUUGUGGAUCUUCUGAAAGAGAACAGGGUUGGGAAGGUGAAGCUCUUCGAAGCUGACCCCGACAUCCUCCGCGCGCUCAUGGGAAGCGGCAUUGAGGUGAUGGUCGGGAUCCCCAAUGAGUUGUUGGGUGUGUUGGGAUCUUCGCCUGCUGCCUGCGAUCAAUGGGUCAGCCGGAAUGUGUCGAGAUUCAUGGACAAAGGUGGUGCCGACAUCAGAUAUAUUGCCGUUGGAAAUGAGCCCUUCCUCACAACCUAUCAAGGACAAUAUCAAUCUCUAGUUCUUCCGGCCAUGCUCAACCUUCAACAAUCGUUGGUCAAAGCAAAUCUGGCAAGCUAUAUAAAACUAGUGGUCCCUUGCAAUGCUGAUGCUUAUCAAUCAGUGUCGGUUCCUUCUCAAGGGGCUUUUCGACCUGAGCUAACUCAGAUAAUAACCCAACUAGUCUCUUUUCUUAAUACAAAUGGGUCCCCUUUUGUGGUCAACAUUUACCCUUUCCUUAGUCUCUACCAGAGUUCAGAUUUCCCACAAGAUUAUGCCUUCUUUGGGGGUUCUUCUCACCCUGUUGUCGAUGGCCAAAAUGUGUAUUACAAUGCUUUUGAUGGCAAUUUUGACACUCUCGUGGCUGCUCUCAGCAAGAUUGGUUAUGGACAAAUGCCCAUAGCCAUUGGUGAGGUGGGUUGGCCUUCUGAUGGAACACCAAGUGCAAAUUUAAGUGCUGCAAGGGCCUUUGUUCAAGGGCUCGUCAAUCAUGUUUUGAGCAACAAAGGGACACCCUUGAGGCCCGGGGUUCCUCCAGCAGAUAUAUAUCUCUUCAGCCUUCUUGAUGAAGAUCAAAAGAGCAUACUUCCUGGAAGCUUCGAACGCCACUGGGGAAUUUUCUCUUUUGAUGGCCAGGCCAAGUACCCAUUGAACCUUGGCCUGGGUAAUGCUGCAUUGAAGAAUGCUAAGGAUGUUCCAUAUCUUCCACCAAGAUGGUGUAUUGCAAACCCAUCCCUGGAUCCUAGUGCUGUAGCAAAUCAUAUAAAGGUAGCAUGCAAUGUCGCAGAUUGCACCACUCUAUUCUACGGAGGUUCAUGCAACGCAAUCGGGGAGAAGGGGAACAUCUCUUAUGCCUUUAACAGUUACUAUCAGUUACAGAAGCAGGAUGCCAGAAGUUGUAACUUCGAUGGGCUCGGGAUGGUUACCUUUCUUGAUCCCUCCAUCGGUGACUGCCGCUUUCUUGUUGGAAUUAGUGACAGUGGUAGUCCUGUUGGUUGCACAAAUUUUUGUGGCUUAUGGAUCAUGGCCUUGUGGAUAUUAAGUUAUGUAAGAAUUUUGAAUGUGUUGUAAUGUUCAAGCGACUUGUUCUUUUGUUUUUU